AUGGAGCGCUUCCUAUCGAACACUGAAGACUGGCCAUUGUAUCACUGGACCCUUCGAGCGCUGCCACGCGGCAGGGAGCUAAGAGGAUCGAUGAUGCUGCGGUUUCGGUCUUCUCAUCCGAAAUUUACAACCAAGUCUUUCCGAUUCCUACCAGGAACUGAUCUGUAUGUGCCUGCGCCUGAGAAUCUACCAGAAACAACAGAUCCAGAACUCAGUGGAGGGACUCAGAUCAACAAAUGGAUGAACACUUGUAUGCGCGAUCAUCAAGACUGUAGCAAGGCCUGGCACGACCAACGAUCCAAACUCUCCUUCCUACCGACGCGGCUUCUAGACAUUGACACUGGAGAUGACAAUGUCAUCCGCUUAGUAGAUACCAAAACGACGAAAGUCAAGGGCCCCUACUGCACGUUGAGUCACGCUUGGGGACCACGAGAGAAGCCGUUCCUCACUACGACCGUGUGGAACAUGGCGAAGCAUCUGAUCACAGGCAUUACUCUAGACGAGCUUCCACGUAACUUUCAACACGCAAUACAUGUUACCCGCUUCUUGAAGGUGCGGUACAUUUGGAUUGACAGUCUCGCGAUCGUGCAGGAACCCCUUGGUGACUUUGCGAAAGAAGCCGAUCUCAUGCACAGGGUGUAUCGCUACUCGCAUUGCAAUAUCGUUGCAGCGGACUCGAAGGAUGCACACGGCGGUUUGUUCUGGGAACGCACACCUCACAAAAUCCUUCCGGUCAGAUACCAAGGUACUGAUGCGCGUCAUCAUCUGGGGGGGAAGACUUGGACGAUUGUUCCGGCAGACCUUUGGGAGAAAGAACUCUUAAGCUCCGCGAUAUAUGGCCGUGCAUGGGUCUUCCAAGAACGCAUUCUCUCUCCUCGCAUCCUCCACUUCACAAAGCAUCAGAUAUUCUGGGACUGUGGUACGCUCUCAGCCUGCGAGGUAUUUCCAAAAGGCCUUCCAUUCUCUCUCGAUCACAAAGCGAGCACGGAUCGACAUUGGAGAGGACGGCUAGCCAGAAGCACCGUCCCAUCGAAUGCCAUGGUCGGUGUCAUCGACAACGAAAGCUCCUACACGUUCUGGAUGUCCGCAGUACAAAACUACACGGAAUGCGAACUGACGAAUCAAAGUGACAAGACGAUCGCAAUCUGGAGUAUCGCGAAGUUGUUACGCGAUUUCAUGAACGAGCAAUACGCUGUGGGUAUGUGGUCUGAGGCGCUCGAGGAGCAACUGGCUUGGAGAGUGCGUGAUACUAAGUCAUGUAAGAGGAUGCCGGAACUAGACGCCAAUAUCCCCAGCUGGUCUUGGGCAAGUAUCAAAGGUGCUAUUGUGCCUCAACACCGACUGGCUAUACGACCAUACAAGAUUACAGAUCACGAUGGAGCUGCUGUCAGAUUCACAGUCAAAGAAGAAACUAGACAAGGCGACAAGGAGCCAGUACUACAGAGCAGAACAUUGGCACUGAAGACUCACAUGAACGUCGGGAGACUGGUGAAGGUGCAAGAGGACGAAUACCGUCUCCAUUUCUCCAGCGAGACCUCUAGCGACGCUAUUGAACUAGAUGUCUUCCUCGACACUCCACCAGCGACUACAUGCAUCGACCCAGGACACUGUGCAUUCAUCAUCCUCGCCACAUCCGCCACUUCAAACACCACCAACAUCCCCAACUUACCCCAAACUUCUUGUCCCCAAGCGCGCCAAACAUACUCCGGCGUGGGUCUCCUCCUCGUCCCACACUCUACCUGGUUCACCGCGCAAGAACGGCUGUACCAAGACUACAAAAGCGCACUAGCAGGCGUAGAACCGUCUCGAGAACAACAAUGGCGGCUGGAUGCAUUCGAAAAACUCAUGUUGCAGCAGUCAGAGAGAAUCAUGAAGAUGGGAGAGAAGAUUGAAAGCGUGUAUCGGCGGAUCGGAUCGUUGCAGUUCCGCGAUCUGGAUGAGCGGGCUUUCAAAGAGAUGACGGAUGAUCGGGAUCGGGAGGAUAUAUGGUUAGAGUGA